UCGGUCGUUGGUGGUUCCCCACAUCCUGUUGCUGCGGCUCCUGGAGACCAGAGAGAGGAGGAGCUGUGGUCUGUGUUGAGGGCUGAGGGAGUAAUUUAACAGCAAGCGGCAUGGCUACCACACCGCUUAGGUCCCAGAACGUGCAGUCACCCGGCAGGAUGAAGAAGGACGAAUCCUUUCUGGGAAAGCUGGGAGGAACAUUGGUGAGAAAGAAAAAGGCCAAAGAAGUGAGUGACUUACAAGAAGAAGGUAAAAAUGCCAUCAAUGCUCCAUUGUCUCCAACACCCACAGACAUUCAUCCUGAGGACACCAUGCUAGAGGAGAAUGAAGAACGAACAAUGAUUGAGCCAUAUUCCAAGGAAGAGGCUAAGUUCAAAGAGCUUGUAAAGGUUCUAAUUGACUGGAUUAAUGAUGUACUUGUAGAAGAAAGAAUAAUAGUGAAGACUCUUGAAGAAGAUUUGUAUGAUGGACAGGUUCUGCAGAAGUUGCUGGAGAAACUUGCAAAUCGAAAGCUUAAUGUUGCUGAAGUGACACAGUCAGAAAUAGGGCAGAAGCAGAAACUUCAAACUGUGUUGGAAUCUGUGAAUGACCUGCUUCGACCUCAAGGAUGGGCUAUUAAAUGGAGUGUUGAUUCGAUCCACACAAAAAACAUGGUCGCUAUUCUUCACCUUCUUGUGGCUUUAGCCAUGCAUUUCCGAGCACCCAUCAGAUUGCCAGAACAUGUCUCCGUGCAGGUGGUGGUUGUACGGAAGCGGGAGGGCAUACUUCAGACAUCACAUGUUACAGAAGAGUUCACCAGUACAACAGAGAUGAUGAUGGGGAGAUUCGAGCGGGAUGCAUUUGAUACAUUGUUCGACCAUGCACCUGAUAAGCUCAGUGUUGUUAAGAAGUCACUUAUCACAUUUGUGAAUAAACAUCUCAACAAGCUCAACUUAGAAGUGACAGAACUGGAAACACAGUUUGCAGAUGGUGUGUACCUGGUGUUGCUUAUGGGACUUCUUGAAGAUUACUUUGUUCCUCUCUACAACUUUUAUCUGACACCAGAAAGUUUUGAACAGAAGGCUCACAAUGUAGCAUUUUCCUUUGAGCUUAUGCAAGAUGGAGGACUUAAGAAACCAAAGGCUCGCCCAGAAGACAUUGUAAACUUGGACCUGAAGUCAACAUUAAGGGUGCUUUACAAUCUAUUCACAAAAUACAAGAAUGUGGAAUAAUUGCCUGAAUAACCAAGACACAUUCCAGGAGAAGCAUCACUGGCAGUUACCAGGAAUAACUCCCAUACACCCGUGCCUUGCCGAGCCUACAACAUAGUAUUGGUUCCUUUGGGUCUUUUAAAACAUGGAAGAUACCAUUUUGUUACUGUUUUUAUAUGAAGAAGACUGUCAUCUGUCCAUCUGGGUCCAUUUUCUCCUCCUAAAACUAUUUUGGUAUAUAACUAGACGUACUCAUCCUGCCUUAAGUGCUUCAGUCACAGUACUGUCUGUUACAGGGCUGGUGGAACCUGAAUGUUUGAUUUUUCAUGUUUCAUUUUAUGCUGUACUGUAGCAUGAAUGUUAUUACAUCAUGCAUGUUAUUUGGCUCUCAAACACCAUUUUAUAAUCAGGGUAGAAUGUAUAAUUUUUUUGCCUUGUGACCUUUUGAGGAUUGAGCAGUCUUUCACCGUUCAAAGUACAGGAACUCUUUCUUAACGUAGUGUUCCUGUAAAUAUGGGUAUUGAUUAGGGUUGGAGAAUUGUAUUCAAUUCUACAACAAUUAAUUGACUCAAGAAAGUGACAGGGUGACCGGUAUCAAUUUGAUGCAAAAGUUUGCACUGGUCCUCAAAAGUACUAAAGGCGAGUCAUACUUUGUGAAUGAAGUCAUUACUUCUGUUGCAAUACUGUUUACUUCUGGUAAUCAUGACAAAAAUUAUCUUCAUUUCUUUGAUCACAACACUGCAUAUAUGUUUCUGCCCCCACCCCUUGGUUAGUUGGAAUUGAGUAAACAAUUCAUGCACUAUGCUAUUUUAUAUAGAAGUCCAACUGCAUCCUUACAGCUGAGAGGCUGUGUUGUCAGCUUCCUUUUAAUCCUUUACUAAUGACAUUGAGAGAUAGACAGGUCUUUCCUUGGGCUCAAAUAUCUCUUUACAACAGUGCAGUUGGGAUUGAGAACUUGGUAAAGCAGCCAAUUGUAUCUCAGAGCAGUGCUGCAGCACUACUACAAGCUAGGAUUCCUCAUCACUGGACUUCUGCGCUGUGAUUAAGUAUAUAACAAAGUAAUUUGUGUGUGCUGUUAGGAAGGGGGCUUUACACAGGCUCAGAGUUUCUAAUUAUGUAAUCUACCCCUAGUUCUUAAGAAAGUGAUGAGCACAGGAAGGAAAGAGGCUGAGAUAAAUGAGCACAAUGUUCUGAGCAGAGCAGUAGCACACAUUGCUGGGUUGAAAAACGGUCAUCAAAAUUAAAUGGAAGGAAAAGCGAAUAAUACAAUGAAAAUAAUGACUUCACCAAAGGGAGUUUAUUUGUUCUUUAAAUAUUCAGCAUUCAUAAUGCUUGAAAAUGCCCAGAGUUGCUACUGCAGUGUUGUAAAUCUCAUAGAUCUUAAUAUAUUAAGUACAUAUUAACAUAUUAAUGCUAAUUUAAGUGUAGGCGUGUAAAAGACUGAGUUUAAAUAAUACCAAAUCUUUUCUUACAACGCAAUGCAUUAGGACUAAACAUAAACUAGCUGAUGUAUAUUGCGUACAAAUAUUGGUGGUUGAGUACUUGAAUUCUGUAUUCUGUGACAAUUUUUUCUUCAUUUGUGCUUUGAAAUGCUGUUAAAAGAAAAUGAAAAUAUUGGAUAGGAGACCAAACUGCUAAUGACUCCUUCAACCAGGUGGUGGUACUGUAGCACAAGUAGACUGCAAGGCACAGGUGAAACUUAACAGUAGGACUGAAACAUUUCUGCCUUGAGACAUCCCCUCUCGUUACUUUGCAAAACACCACUAAGUUUCAGGGUGCUGUGUAUGUCUGGAGGCAAAACUCUUCAUCACCAGAAAUGCUUAGAAAAUUAGUUUUAUAAUUGGAGACUGAGGUAGGCUUAAUACAACUAAUUAUGGGAUGGGUAUACUUGAGAUGACUAAUGCCAGCAAGGCUAAAAUCCUCCCCUUGAUGACUUUGUUGGAAAGAUGUUAACAUACAUACAACAUGUGAAUUUUUUGUUAAAAUUGUUGAUGGGAGUCGGUGGUUAUUUCUCAUGUACAUAGGAACACACAUGUUACCCACUGACCCAGGGGCAGCAUUAGGGCAGUGUAAGCAGUUCAAUUACUUAGGGCCUUAAACUAGGGAAUUCACAGCUCCACUUUGAGUCAUAAUCCAGGGUGCACACAACUGCCUGCAGUAGCUGAUCUCGGUGCUUCCCUUCUCACCUACCCCAUUCACCCUCCCAUAAGAAUGGGGGCUGAGGUGGGAAAAGGUAGGAUUCAGCCCUUGUGAACUACAAGUGAAAUGUAGGGCCCUCAAACUGAGCUCUUGCACAGGACUCCUGCAAAGCAAACACUUUAAUGGUACAAGAAUUAUUUUCAGAAAGCAUUGUGACUCAUAUGUAGUAACAGCUUAUUUUUCUUCCACUUUCUGUUCAUAAUGAUUACAUCUGAAAACGGUUUUCUGUUGCUAGAUUCAGAGUUGCAAUGAUAAUGGAGAGAAAAAUGCAAGGAAUUAAGGCAGAUGGUCAGACAGUAAAAUAAUCAUGUCCUGUAACUGGCACUUGAACAUUUGGAGAAAAUAGUGCCAGCAAGCACAUACAGUUAGGUUUGCUCCCAGUACUUGCACAUCAUUAGUUGCUUUGCUGCCUACACAGUUUAUAAACUCUCGCUUUCUCAUAAUCUAUACAAUUUAUCAAAGCAGGUAAUUUUGUUAUUACAUUAUAUCAUCAACUAUGGUAUCAGUUGUAUGUAACCAGAAGCCUGUAUGGUUAUAACUUGCAGUGUCAUGCAUUAACUUAAUAGAAGUUGUUUUCCUUUGGUAGAAAAGUGUGAUAUUGACUACUGUUCUUCAGAAGGCGAAGAUAAUUUUACAGUGCAGUCAUUGACCAGUGUAAUAUGAAAAAGCAUUGGGCUGAGUGUUCCUUUUGCACUGAAUUGCCUUAGUGGAAAGAUCAGUAAUGUGAUUUUCUUUUUCCUUUCAUCUGGCAAGAUUAUAAAUACUAUUCAAUCGUGAUAAGGAAUCAGUUUCUUCAAUAUGUAAGUUGCAUGAAUUAUUUCUAAUGUUACUGCUGCAGUUUUUAUACUUCGUGUAAAUGAGGCACACAAAGCAACAACACCUUGCCAGAUGGGCAUAUCAUUCUUCGUGAGCUUUUCCUCAUUGAAAACUCAUCCCAUUUAGCAUCAAGUCCUCCUCACCCUUGUGCUUGCUGAUCUAAAUUAGCUCCUGAUCACCCAGUGCCUCAACUUCAACAACUUUUGUAUUUAAAUGCAAAUAAAAAUACCUGGAAAAA